AUGACGGCAAGAUCUCCUAAAAAAGACUCGGAGAUAGGUGUGAAGGAGUUGGGAGAAAGAAUGGGAGAAAUGAUGGAGGAAUUUAGGGCAGUGAGAGAAGAGCUAAGGGAGGGUUUCAAGGAGCAGGGUAGGAAGAUGAAAGAAGAGAUAGAGGACCUGAGAAGGGAGUUUAGGGAGCGAGAGAAGAGAUGGAAAGAGGAGAGGGAAGAGACAAAUAAGCAGAAGGAGAAAAUGGAAGAAAGAAUAAGGAAUUUGGAGGAAAAAAUGGAAGAGAGGAAGGAGGAGAAGAAGGAGGAGGAAAGAAACGGUAGAGGGGAGGUGGGGGAGAAAAUGAGAGAACUGGAGAGAAGGCUGAAAAGGAAAGAAAAGGAGGAGAGAAGAAGAAACAUUGUAAUAAGAGGGCUGGAAGUAAAAGAAGGAGGGAGGAGAGAAAAUGCAGAAAAGUUACUAGAAGGAAUAGGAGCGAAAGUAAAGGCAAUAGAGGUGAAGAGAAUAGGAGGUGAUGCAGAAAAAGGAAGGGAAAUGGUGCUGUUGAAAUUGGAGAACGAAGAACAGAAAUGGGAGGUUAUGGAAAAAAAGAGGAGCCUAGUGGGGAGAAAGGAAAGAAUUACGGAGGACCUAUCGUGGGAGGAAAGAAGAAUGAAUUGGAGGUUGAGAGAGAUAGCGAGAGGGGAGGAAAGAGAGGCUGGGUUGGAAAAUAAAGAUAAGGAUUUUUGGGAAGGGCUGAAGAAAGAAGAUGUGCUAGUCAUGUUAGAGACCUGGAUAGGAGAAAAGGGCUGGGAAAGAAUAAGGGGGAGACUUCCAAAAGGGUACGAGUGGGGGGUGCAAAUGGCGAAGAAAAAGAAUAAAAAAGGAAGAGCAAUAGGAGGGAUGAUAAUGGGAAUAAGGAAAGGAUUAAAAGAAAAGGGAACGGCAAUAGAAGUAGAUAGGGAGGGUUGGAUUACGGGAAAGGUCAGAACAGAUGGCGAGAACUGGAGUAUUAUAGGGGUGUAUGCAAAGAAAGAGGGGAUGGAGGAGAACGUACAGGAGUUAGGAGAUAGAAUGGAAAAGAAAGAAGAAGGAAGGUAUACGAUAAUUGGGGGAGAUUUUAAUGCGAGGACUGGUCAAGAAGGUGGGAGGAUAGAGGAAGAGGAGGGAGGAGGACUGGGAGAAGGAAGAAGGUCGAAGGACAAGAAGGUGGACAGAGAGGGGAGGCUGUUGGUAAAGAGCUUAGAGGAGAGAGGAUGGGAGAUAUUCAAUGGAAAUGUGAAAGGAGACGAGGAGGGGGAGUUUACUUUCACGGGGGGAAGAGGAGGUACGGUGAUUGACUACAUAAUAGGGGAAGGAGAAGUAAGGGAGAAGAUAGUGAGCAUGGUAGUGGGGGAGAGAGUAGACUCGGACCAUCACCCAUUGGAAAUAAUAGUAAGAAGGGAGGAAGAGGAGGAAGGCAGGAGAGGAGGGUGGAAGAAAAGAAGCAGGGGGGUGUGGAACGAGGAAGGAGCAAAGAGGUUUAUAGAAAAAAUAGGAGAGGUGGAAGAAAAAGAAGAAGAGUUGAAUAAGGAAUGGGAAGAAAUGGAAACAAGAAUAACAGAGGCAAUAAAAGGGGUAGAGGAGGAGCUGGGAAAUAAGAAAGGGAAGGUGGGAUGGUGGGAUGAGGAAUGUCGAAAAGCGAAGAAAGAGACAAGGAGAAAAUUAAGGGACUGGAGGAAGAAAAGAGGAGAGGCCAGUGAGUACAAGGAAAGGAGGAAAGAAUUUAAGGAGAUAUGUAAGAGAAAGAAGGAAGAGGAGAACCAGAGAUGGGAGAGAAAAGUGGAGGGAGCAAGGAGGGAGGCGGAG